CGGCGACUGAUUGAUAAAUUGGGAGCGGACUGGAGAGCGUUAAUGGGGCUCUUUGUCUGCAGGGGGCUCCGGGGUGGUCGCUGAAGCGGGCAGUGUGCGCCGGGCUGGGGACGCGCAGGUGAGCGGUGGGCUUCAGUGCUGAGCUCGCAGCCACCGCACUCGCGGCCCCGCCCCAUCGCCACCGCGCGGGGCCUGGGCCUCCUAGGGCGCUGCCUCUCGGUGCAGAACCGUAUGUAUGGCACAAGGUUGAUGAGAGACCCGAAGAACCCGUCAUUCAAAGGCCCUUUGCCUUUCCCCGUGAAUUUCUAGGUAUCUGAAAGAAGAUGAAUUUGGCAGAGAUUUGUGACAACGCGAAGAAAGGGCGAGAGUAUGCACUUCUGGGAAAUUAUGACUCAUCAAUGGUGUAUUACCAGGGAGUAAUACAGCAGAUCCAGAGACAUUGUCAGUCAGUGAGAGACCCGGCUGUCAAAGGGAAGUGGCAUCAGGUACGACAGGAGCUCUUGGAGGAAUACGAACAAGUGAAGAGCAUUGUCAGCACGUUGGAAAGCUUUAAAGUCGACAAGCCCCCAGAUUUCCCUGUGUCCUGUCAGGAUGAACCAUUCAGAGACCCAGCAGUGUGGCCACCCCCUGUUCCUGCAGAACACAGAGCUCCACCUCAGAUCAGACGUCCUAACCGGGAAGUGAGGCCUCUGAGGAAAGACAUGGGAGCAGGAGCCCGAGGACUCGUGGGCCGAGCACACCCGAUCGCCAAGAGUGACAAACCUGCAAGUAAAGACAAGGACUAUAAAGCAAGAGGGAGAGAUGACAAGGGAAGGAAAAAUAUGCAAGAUGGUGCAAGUGAUGGUGAAAUCCCCAAAUUUGAUGGUGCUGGGUACGAUAAGGAUCUGGUGGAAGCCUUGGAGAGGGACAUUGUGUCUAGGAACCCUAGCAUUCACUGGGAUGACAUAGCAGAUCUGGAGGAAGCUAAGAAGUUGCUCCGGGAAGCUGUUGUCCUUCCCAUGUGGAUGCCUGACUUUUUUAAAGGGAUUAGAAGGCCAUGGAAGGGUGUGCUGAUGGUUGGACCUCCAGGGACUGGGAAGACUAUGCUAGCUAAAGCGGUUGCCACUGAAUGUGGGACAACCUUUUUCAAUGUCUCCUCUUCUACACUGACUUCUAAGUACAGAGGCGAAUCUGAGAAGUUGGUCCGUCUGUUGUUUGAAAUGGCUAGGUUCUAUGCCCCCACCACAAUCUUCAUUGAUGAGAUAGAUUCUAUCUGCAGUCGAAGAGGAACGUCUGACGAACAUGAAGCAAGCCGCAGAGUCAAGUCUGAGCUCCUGGUCCAGAUGGACGGAGUCGGAGGAGCCUUAGAAAAUGACGAUCCGUCCAAGAUGGUGAUGGUUCUGGCUGCCACUAACUUCCCGUGGGACAUUGAUGAAGCUCUUCGAAGGAGACUAGAAAAAAGGAUCUACAUCCCUCUACCGACAGCAAAAGGAAGAGCUGAGCUUCUGAAGAUCAGCCUUCGGGAGGUGGAGCUGGAUCCUGACAUACGCCUGGAGGACAUUGCUGACAAGAUUGAGGGCUAUUCCGGUGCCGACAUAACUAACGUGUGCAGGGACGCAUCUUUGAUGGCAAUGAGACGGCGAAUCAGCGGCCUGAGUCCAGAAGAGAUCAGGGCCCUGUCCAAAGAGGAGCUGCAGAUGCCUGUCACCAGAGGGGACUUUGAGCUGGCGUUGAAGAAAAUUGCCAAGUCAGUCUCUGCCGCAGACUUGGAGAAGUACGAGAAGUGGAUGGUUGAGUUUGGAUCUGCGUGAUUUCUGCCAGCUCUUUCAUUUGUGGUAUUUUUGUCUAUAAAAUGUGAAGAAAUUCCUUAAAUUUAAAAAAAAUCUGGAAUUUUUAAUCAGAGAAAAUUUCACUUAAAGGCCAAAGCAAAACAAAAACAUCUAGAGCUACAGAGAAACACAGCUGAGAAAUGAGACACUCAUAGUCUGCUGGCUUCACACUGACAAUCCUCCUUCUCAAGUCACAGAACACGCAAGCCAGUGGGUGGGACUGUGUUGCAGGGCCUUGCUUACAGAGCUUUGGCAGUUUCUACUCUCAUUUGCAUACAUUGUUUCCCCCAAUGCUUUGCUGUCUGACCACAAACCACACCACACACACACACACACACACACACACACACACACACGCACACACACUUUUUAGCAGCAAAACUCGGUUUCUGUCAAAUUCAUUAAUUGUCAUUUUGAGAAUGAUAGUAAGUUCUCAAGGAAAUAAUGGAUUUUAAAUCUGUAGAAUUUAAUACUGUUAGAGUCUAAUCUGUAGUUAGAAUUUUCUCUCCUCUUCUCUGCCAGUUCCACUGUUAGCUGCUGGCUUAUGUCUAUCCAGGAGUGGUCUGUGAUCUGUUUCCCCCUGGUAUAUAGUCUUCUUUUGCUAGUGCCUCUCAUACUUCACUUGGGAAGAUGGGAAGAAUCUUUGUUAGCAGCACACCUUCAUCCUCCUGUUGGGAGUGCUCACUUUUCUUUCAAUGUGUUCGAAUCAAUACAGCCAUUGUUUUUCUUAGCUAUUGUUUUUCUUUUCGAACUUUCCGACACUAAUUGCUUUUUUUUUUUUUUGUUAAAUUUGACUUUAGUGUUUAAGAUAAGUUCUAAACAAGUCUAGUCUCUAGGCUAAUGCAAAACAAACAUUUUUCUCCCUUUCGGUAUACAAGUAUUUUGCCCACAUGUAUGUAUGUCUGUAGAUCACAUGCGUUGUAGUUCCCAAGGAGGCCAGAAGAGGGCAUUGGAUCCCUGGAAUUGCAGUUGCAGGCAGUUGUGAGUCACCAUAGGGAUGCUGGGAACAGAACCCAGGUCCUCCUCAAGACCACUCAGUGCUCCUAACAGCUGAGCCAUCUCCCCAGUCCCACAAAUAAAAUCUCUUAUGGUUCUCAGACAGCUUAUUUAGCAGAACAGUAUCCUAACUGAAUAAUACUCAUUUAAAAGAGUAGAAAGUUUUCCUUCUAAGAACUUGUGUAUUCAAUGCAAUUAGAAUAGAGAUGGGAACAUGCUCAUUAGACACAUAGUUAGAGAGUGAGAAGGCUUUCAGAAAGGGAGCUGCAGAUCUAGUCACAAGCCCUGGGCCCUCGUGUUAGUUCUCUGUAAUUAAUUAUGCCCGUCCCUUUGGACCAUCAGGCAAUCCAUAGUGUGUCUGUGACAAUAUCCUGAAGUCCUGAGUCUCAAGUCUGCUUUUAAACCAUAUACAUCUUACAGGCACUUUAAAAAAAAAAACAAAAACUCGUAGUAUGUUGAUGAACAUAUUUGACCUCUUUCCUUAGUCAAACCUGUAAACGCAUUGUGUCCUUUUUAGGGACCAUACAUCUGACUCUUUGAACUUCUGGCGUUAUUUGAUUUCUAUAAUUGCCCUCGUUAUUCUGGACACCUAUUAUAAAAUUUCAAAUCAAAAGACAUGAUUUUAUUGUAAUGGAACUAAUUCUUAUAAAAUUUAGAACGAGAAACUUAUAAGCAAACUUGCAUUUACCUAUUUAUUUUGAGGAAGGGUCUUACGUGGUUGCCUGAGCUGGUCUCAGCUCUUGGGCUCAGGCAAUCUCCCUGUCUCAGCUUCCUGAGUAGCUGGGACUUGAGGCCCCACCCCAAGAUGAUUUAUAAACAUUUAAAAUAAGCAACUAGUGUGGGAGGCUAAGGCAGGAGGAUUGCUAGGAAAUGGAUACAACCCAAAUGCCCUCCAAAUGAUGAACGAGUAAGGAAGGCAUAUCCUCUGCCUUCCACCUCCCCAGGCGCGCGCGCGCGUGCGCGCAAACACACACACACACACACACACACACACACACACACAGUCCGAAGCUGGCCUGUGUGGCAUAGCAAGGCCAUAUCUCAACAAACAAACAAACAAACAAACAAAAAAUAAUCCCACAUGAAUUAUCUUGCAAACCAUCACCAUCUAAUAGUGUUGUACUUAAAAACAAACAAACAAACAAACAAAAACAAACAACUUCUCUGCAACACUAUGGCUUGGUAGACCUUUUCUGGAUCUUUCAUUACUUAUCCUUGCAUAAACCUAAUUUUUCUGAAUUCUUCCUGGAAAUUCUGCAUGCAGUUGUGCGUCUAUCCCAGGGUAGGUGGUGUUCUGCUGCAGCCGCCUUAGGAGAGUCAGCUGGGCUUCCUGCAGCCUCCUUUCUCAUUUUGCUGUCAGCAGAUGGUGAGGCUUUGCAUGUCUUAAGCCCUUGGAAGGCUCUGGAAGAGGUCCCUCCAGAUAUCUCCCACACACUGUCCUGGCUGCAGGAGACCUGUUGCCCAGCCCAGAGUGGGGAUUGCUUCGUUGGCUUUUGACUUGUAAAGCAGAUGUGUUAUCACAGUAGAAGUGGGUUGGUUCUCACUGCUUUGAAAGCAGGAGAUUAGGAGCCGCAGACCAGUAACCAGUGUGUGUGUAGCUGUUUCACAGGCACUCUAUAGACAGUCCCUCCCUGGGCACACUCCUCUGUUCACUGUCUGCCUACAGGCUUGUGUAGCUGUGUCAGACAGUUAAGCUCUGACUUGGCAUUCUCUUCAGUAACUGUCACUCCUGGCCUCUGCUUCGAAAACAGGAAUUUAUCAUGAACAGAGACACAGUGAUCGAUGUGUUUGAGGAAGGGAAUAUACAAAAAGGUUUUCCUCUCUCCUUUUUGACCUUUGACUGGUUUUAAAACGAGACGUUUUAAACAGUAUAGAGCUAUUGAAGAUCUAUUCUAAUGCACCCAUCUUUAUUUUUCCAUGCCACUGUUACACGUGCAAUAUGGUAAGAUGUACACAUGCGAUGUGUUUUCUGUAAAUAUUUUGUUUCCAUAAUUUGUUCUUUUAAGGAAAGUAAAUUAAUAUUGGUGAAAUGUCCAAGACACAUGGCUUGGGAAGCUGCAGCCUUUUGUUACCCAGCUUGGAAACUCAGUGACAUCAUAUCACAGCCCUUUCAGUGGUGACCCAGACACAGGGAGCUUUGACUCAGACUCUGCCGGGCACCCUGCCAUGGGCCUCACAGGAGCACCUGUGUGACAGUUUACUCACUUAGCUGUUUAACUUCCAGAGAGCUCAAAGAGUGGAGGAGUAGUGGAGCCAGUACCCAGAAGGCUGGCAAGUGCCUGGGCUCUAAGAUGAGCAGCCGUCCAGAACAGUACAUGCAAGGCCAGUUCCCAGUAUUCACUGCUGCUCAUUUCUCCUGUGUGUCAUGGCUCUGUGGGAUCAUUGUCUCCAUAGGUCUUAGGUAUCUGGUUCAUGAGUCUUCCUUCCUUGGAUACACUGCAGGGUGCCGAACCUGCUCAAGAGUAGACCAGUUGACUUCCUCCUGCCCCCACUUGAGAUGGAAGUGAAGAGCUAGACAAGGCAUUUGCAUGGUGGGUUCAGCUUUGGCCUCCAUAGUGCAGUCUUCUUCAGUCUUUUUUUUCAUAAUAGUAUAUUUCCACUGUUAUUAAAUAUCUUCACACUAUGGAAUGCCCUGUGCUUUGAGAUAAAAAUAUUAGGUGGAACUUGGCCUCUCCCAAGAAAAGCUCAUUUAAUUCUAGGUAUGAGAAAGAAGCAGGAAUACUCCAACUUUUUUGUAUCUUUGUUUUGUUUCUUAAUGCUUUGAAUUAUAAUAUUUUAAAUUUGUGAUGCAUAUAAUAUGUAUGUGACUCUUGGAGUUCGUCACAACAGAAGCAAGUAGGACAAAGUUGAGGGACAUAUCAGGAAAACCUCAUGAGUUUAAUUCUCACUAAUUAUUUUGUAGUUUGUCUACUUUGUUUUAAUUACUACAUGUUUACUUAUUUAUACUUUUAAUUUAGGCUUUUCAUACUUAUUUAUUUAACUUUUGGAUCAUUUGCUUUUAAUAUUGUUUCUUAAUGCAGAAACUGAGGAUUUAAAAAAUUAAAUCUGUAUGGUAAUAUAGUUUUACAUAUUUAUUUAGUAGUAAUUCCUUGAAUUUUUACUAGUUUUUUUUCCUCUGAAAACUCUAGUUUUAAUGAUAUUUAGGUGCCUUGUUGAUAAACACAUAUUAAGAUGAUGCGACCGACGAAAUCAUUUUUGCUUUGCUUUUCUCAGACCUUGAGAAAACUAAAAACAAAAACUAAAACCUGAAUAUUGGCGUAUCACUAGUAGUAUGGGGUUGGUACGUUUGGCACCACAAAUGGGGGAUUACUGCAGGGACUUCUGCCUUGAAUGGGUGAACAAAAAGCAGGCUCUCUCUUCCUGUACUCAGUGAGCUGAGCAUGCAUACCUGCCCUCAGGAGGGAGCCAAGAGCCUCAGGCAUUCAGUCCCGAUCUCUGUAGGUCUGUUUUUCCAGGCACCACCUUCUCUGCUGCUCUGGCCUCCUCCUGUUAACUUCAAGUUUUUAAACUAGACUUUUGAAAGUUAUAUUAUUAUUAUUAAUUUAUUUUUUAUUUUGAGGGAGGGUCUUGCCAUUAGCCCUGGCUGUCCUGGAACCAUAAUAUAGACCAGGCUGGCCUUGGACUCACAGAGAUCCACCUGCCUCUGCCUCCUGAGUACUGGGAUUAAAGGCAUGUGCCACAUACCCAGCUAAACUUGAAUUUUGUUUUUAAACACAGUUUGCCAUUCUUCCUCUGGCAAAGCCAUAUUCUCCAAAUGACACUAUGUGAAGGGUGGAAGUUGCUUUUUCCCUUAUGUGGCCAGCCUCUUUAUUUGAAUGUAUUUCAUCCCACGGAACAGAUUCACACAUAGACCACCCUCUCCUAGCUUCUCAGAGUUAUGCAAAUACAAAUCCACAUGAUGGUAUUAAACAUUUUGGAGACGAGCAGUUUCUCUGUCCACCCUCUGAGAACCUAAGUACAUUAGGAAAACACUCUUGUUCAUGUGGCUGCAUGGCAGUUAAGCAUUGUCCUUGGCCGCCUCUCUGUGGACACAGUGUCUAGUGGGACCCCUACAUGUCAGAAUGGUUUGUAGGUGUGCUGCUAGAGUGUUUUGUUCCAGUGUUUGCCAUCCAGUAUUUAAAACUAAUUCACCUAAAAAGAGGUUUCUAAGUUGUAUCUGUUAAAUGUUGUUUCCUCUCACUUUUCACACUACUGUUUGCUAGUCUCAAGCUUUGUUGUGUUUGUAUGUAAGUUGUGAUGUAGUAAUAAAUUUCUAGAGAGUUGACUGUUGGUGGCUUCUCAUGUGGCUUAGCUUUGAUAUGUAGUGAUGUGUGCUACUUUGGGAACAACAUACCCCUCACUAGCUGGCAAUGACCUUUUCUCAUGAACUCUUAUAUUGGCAACUUGGUAUUUUGUUUUCUGUGCAAUAUGCUAAUAAUUUUAAGGUUGAUGUGGUAAUGUGUGUAGUUUUCCAAUUAAUUAUUUUAAUAAAUAUUUAUGUUAUACUAUUAUA